CAGUAUCUGAGAUACUGUAUCUCUUCAAAAUUAUUAACAUUGAUUGAAUCGAAUUGAUACUUUCAAGUGAAAUGUAUAAAUCAAUCAUUUUUUUUAGUUGUUUAAUUACUUUAAUUUUGGCUUCAAAAUGGGUCCAAAAAUAUUCGAUAAAAUCCGUACCAACACCCGAUUUGAAUAUAGCCGAUUCGCCAAUUUGGGAGGCAGAAACUCAAUCCGUAUACUUUACAGAUCUUUUUGGAACGAAAAUGUAUCAUUACUCAAAUUGUGAGAACAAAAUGUAUUCGGUUGAUUUUCAUCCUUAUUCGACGCCAUGCUUUAUCUUUCCCGUAUUAAAUAAGCGAAAUUUGUACGGCGUUGGCUGUAAUCAAUCGAUUUUUACAAUAAAAUGGGAUGGAAAGUCACGCCAUGUAAAAAAUCUUCAAAAAAUUUUCAGUGUUGAAUCGAACACAAAUCAUCUAGUGAACCAUGCAGUUGCUGAUACACUGGGAAAUUUUUUCGUUGGAACUUUUGAUGCAAACACUUGUGGCACGCAGGACUCUCACGGAUUAUACAAAUAUUCAAAAAAUGGAAAAGUUAAACUUAUUGCCAAACACUUUAAAGUAACAACUGGCCUUGCAUUUGAUCCAAAAGUAAAAACACUAUUGCACUUGGAUGGAUGUACUCAAACCAUAACUGAAUUUUCUUGGUGUCCGAAAACUGGCGAUUUGUCCAAUGAACGAGUUUUUAUGAAACUAAACUUUCCUAAGCAUAUGCUUCCGGUGGGAAUCGCAAUUGGAUGUACGCGCUACAUAUAUGUCUCAGUGUAUAAAGGAUCUGUAGUAUUAAAAAUCAAUCGAAAAUCGAAAAAAAUUGUUGAUAAAAUUAAACUUCCAUCACCAUAUUUAACAGCACCGGUGUUUGGAGGUCCAUAUAACAAUAUUCUUUUUGUUACGUCUUCAACGGUAUCAAAUGAUAUUUUAACUGGGCUACCCGAAUUUCGAAAUACAACAUCACCCAAUGGACAUUUAUUCAAAAUAAUUGGCUUAAAUGAUAGCAGUCCACCCCUCUACAAACCUGAUUUAACUAAAAAAAAUCAUUGUGGAACAAAAUGCACUGAUUUGAGCUCAAGCUCGAGCUCGAGCUCAAGUUGAAGUAAAGAAUAAAUUUCGAUGUAUACCAAAUCCGAUUAAAGUAAAUAAAUGAUUGCUCUAUAAUAAAACAGCAUAUUAAAU